UGGAUAGGCAAGCGGAAGCUUAGCGGGACCUGCCUAUGGACGGCAGACGGCUUACGGUGUGUGUGUAUGUGUCUCGUGUGUGAGUGCGCUAAGUCCGGAAGCAGUGCAGCGGUAAACGUCAGCCGAAAAUUUUCUCUUUUCUCAAUACCAGGAGCGGAGCCAUGACCAAGAGGCUGGAGCUGGAGUGGCGCGUGCCGGUGCCGCAGCCGCUGGUGGAGGGAUGCCUGCUCGACCGUUGGAGCGAGGAGAAGGACGCCCCCAAGCUGGAGCCGCGCUGCUUCUUCAGGGUCGACGACUGCGGCUUCUUCAUCCACUGGAAGAGCAAAGGCCACCAUGGAAACGUCAUAGAAUUGUCCCAAGUUAGUGACAUUAGAGCUGGUGGCCUUCCAAAGGAUCAGAAACUGCUGUCACAAUUACGUGGAAAACAUGGUGAUGAUGUGGAAGAAAAGUCACUAACUAUAUGCAGUGGUACAGAUUAUGUCAACAUAAACUACCAGCAUGUAAUAUGUCCAGAUACGGACACCGCCAAGGUCUGGUUAGAUGGGCUGAGGAAAAUCACACACAAUGUGAAAGCAGACAACAUAUGCCCAAUGAUGUGCUUAAAGAAACAUUGGAUGCGUCUGCGGUUGCUCGUGAAUCCCAAGGGCAAAGUUCCUGUUAGAGUUGUAGCCAAAACUUUUGCAUCUGGACAAACAGAGAAGCUGGUCUACAAAGGUCUAUCAGAGCUGGGUCUGCCCCACAGAAAACAUGCUUCAAUUGAUGCGGCAGAUUUCACAUACGACAAGUUUUAUGCACUGUACCACAAGAUCUGUCCAAGAACUGACAUUGAAGAACUUUUCCAAUCAAUCACUCAAGGCAAAAGUUGCAAGAUCAGUAUUGAACAGUUGAUUACAUUUCUCAAUGAGAAGCAACGUGAUCAAAGACUGAAUGAGAUCCUGUAUCCCCUAUAUGACAAAAGGCGUGUGGAGAAGAUAAUAUCAUCAUACGAGCCAGAUGAGCGGACAAGGCUGGAAAACAAAUUAUCAAAAGACGGCUUGAUCCAGUACUUGAUGUCAGAUGAGAAUGCACCUGUCUACUUGGACCGACUGGACUUGUACAUGGACAUGGACCAGCCAUUGUCGCAUUACUACAUUAACAGCUCCCACAACACAUACCUGACCGGCUUCCAGUUUCGUGGCAAAUCCUCUGUGGAAAUGUACCGCCAAGUGCUGCUUGCUGGUUGCAGGUGCAUUGAAUUAGACUGUUGGGAUGGAACGAGGGAUGAUGAAGAACCAAUAAUAACACAUGGCAGAGCAGCAUGUACAGAUAUUUUGUUCAAGGAUGUCAUACAUGCAAUACGGGACACUGCGUUUGUGACAUCGGAGUACCCCGUCAUCCUGUCUCUUGAGAACCACUGCAGCAAGGCUCAACAGUACAAACUGGCCAGAUACUGCAAUGACAUCCUGGGUGAUAUGCUGCUCAAGGAACCACUCCCAGAUUUUCCGCUGGAACCUGGACUACCGCUGCCUUCACCAAAUGCCCUCAAAAAGAAAAUUCUGAUCAAAAACAAGAAGCUAAAUCCUGAUGUGGAAAAGCAGGAGUUGGAACUGUUCUGGCAGGGACAGUUUGUCAUUGAAGAAGAUGAGGAAGAAGAGGAAGAAGACACGUCUGCCAUCAGUGAAGCUAAACUGGAUGUUCCCGGGUAUGAUGCUACACAGGAGAAUGGAGACAUCCCCAGCCCCGUGAAGUAUCCACCAUCAACAAAUAAGAUUCAUCCAUGGCUCUCAUCCAUGGUGAACUACACUCAACCAGUCAAAUUCCAGGGAUUUUAUGUUGCUGAGGAGAACAAUAUACACUACCAUAUGUCAUCUUUUGAGGAAAGGGAUGGCCUUCAGUAUGUGGAGUCUCAGGCUAUCGAGUUUGUUGAUUACAACAAACGGCAACUGAGCCGCAUCUAUCCUAAGGGACUCCGUGUCAAUUCAUCGAACUACAUGCCACAGGACUUUUGGAAUGCAGGCUGCCAGAUGGUGUCACUGAACUUCCAGACUCCUGACACACCCAUGCAGCUGAAUGAGUCAAAGUUUGAAUACAAUGCACGUUGUGGCUACCUACUGAAGCCAGAUUUUAUGCGGAGAGCUGACCGGAGCUUUGAUCCAUUUGCUGAAUCUCCCGUCGAUGGUGUGAUUGCCGCGCAGUGCCUUGUGAAAGUCAUAUCUGGUCAGUUUCUGGCCGACAAGAAAGUUACUACUUAUGUAGUAGUGGAAAUGUAUGGUCUGCCAACAGAUACAAUCAGGGAUGAGUUCAGAACGUCCAAGGUUACAGGAAAUGGCCUGAAUCCUGUAUACAAUGCAGAACCAUUCCUGUUCAAAAAGGUUGUGCUGCCUGAGCUUGCGAUGUUGAGGUUUGCUGUGUACAGUGAGAAAGGGAAGCUUCUGGGGCAGCGCAUUUUGCCUCUGGAUGGGCUGCAGGCUGGCUACCGGCACAUCUCCCUCCGGACAGAGGCCAACUUCCCCAUGUCACUGCCCAUGCUGUUCUGCUACAUAGAACUCAAAAUAUAUGUGCCUGAGCACUUUGAAGAUUUAAUGAAUGCACUGUCAGACCCAUGUGCUUUCUUGUCUGCUCGAGAGAAGAUGGUGGAGAAUAUGAAGGCAAUGGGUGCUGAACAGAUGGAAAUGUUGACUCCUGAAACUGUGGUAAGUGAUGGAAGUGAUGGAGGAGCUGGCGACAGUGGUAGUGACGAUGGCAGCAGAGGAUUGGGCAGCAGCAGUGGUGGCAGCAGGAAAUCUGGGAAGUCUUCCAACCGAAGGUCCAGUGGGCCUGCAACACUUGAGGAACACUAUGAGGUGAUGGAGUUUGAUGCAAUCACGCUAGACUCGUUACGAGCUGAGAAAGUCUACCAGAAGUCUGCACGACGGCAGCAGAAGGAGCUGGAGGCAUUGCAUAGGCGGCACCACCGGGACAGCCUCGCUGCCCAGAGUGAACAGUGUGCUGCCAUUGAGGAGGUCACAAAGGGCCGCAGCCAAGAUGAGCUUAUAUCAGAUCCACAGGUGCAGAAAGUAAUAGCAGAACAGACUUCUGAGUGGUCAGCAAUGUUGGAGCGGCACCACAGGGAGGAGUGGGCGAUGCUGAGGAGGCAUGUGCAGGAUCAGCAGGAGAUCCUCCAUAAAAUCAUGGAGAAUGUACAGGGUUCCCAGAUAAAGCAGCUAAAGUUGAAACAUGACAGGGAACUGAAGAAGAUGUACACUCAGCAAGCAAAAAUCUCCAUCGAAACAAUGAGAACAGUCAGCAAGGACAAGUCAUUAAAGAAAGGAGAGAGAGAGCGCACAUUACGUGAGAAGCAGCAGAACAAUACAAGGAAGUUUGUGGAAGAGAGGAAUGUGGCUGACAUGAGGCAAGACAGGGAGAGGGAAAAGUUGACCCUUAAGCACCAGCAGCAGGCUGCUGACGUCAACGCUGAACUGCAGAAUCUCAUUACAAUGAUAGAAAAUGAUGAAAUUGAGUAUGAACUUGGGCCAAAGAAAGAAUUCUUUGUAUAAAGGAUUAUUUAAAUUUGUAUCAGCUGAAGCACCAGUCCAGAGGGCUACAGAAGUGUCACAACCUACACACUACAAUACCCAGUAUUUUUUGAAAUAGUAUCUUAAGAGAAACAUUUUUUUUAAAAAAAGGAAAAGAAAGCUGAAAAAAGUAUUGUAGUGUAAGAUAAGAUUAAUCAUAGUCUUUCUGAGAUAAGAUUAGUGUAUGUACACCUGUAGUGAUAAAUUGUAGUUAGAAAGAGCUUUAAUUAGGAUGUGCCUCAAAUCAAGUUGUGAUUCAUAAUUCAGUAGUGCAUAACUGAGCAAUUCAAGUCAGUAGAAUUUGAGGGCCAACCAGCAUGAGAUAUUUACAGUUAUGAGUGAGCUGUAAUUGUAAUGUUUCAGAAAGGAUAUCACAGUUUAAAUCCAUGCGGCAUUUGUUAACUUUGAUUUACAUUGAUAUGUGACAACAUGAAGUGAAAGAAAAAUCAAACAAUUUGUCCUACAAUGUGAGCACUAUUUUCCACACAGCUUACUGAAGUGAAAGAAAAAUCAAACAAUUUGUCCUACAAUGUGAGCACCAUUUUCCACACAGCUUACAACCAAUUGAUAGGCAAAUUGUUUCAUAUCUCGAUUAAUACGUCUAAACUAAUUGAUACAAUAGCAGCUUCAGUACUAUUUCUCGAGUUGAUAAAUUCUACUAGGAACAGUGCAAGCCAUGUUCCCAAGUAAAGUCUGCUCCAAGUUGUAUCAGAAUUCUGCCUCUUACAGAUAGAGUCCACCAGAAUAACACUGUAGCAAAUACGACAAUACUCGCGGUGCGCACUCCACUGAUUGCAUCAACACUGGUUUAGACUGGUCCUGGGCCAGUCUAUGUGCCAGAGUCUUGCAUGAUCCUGUCAGAGGGCACGGAUCCAUACCAUCUGAGUGGUGGCACUAUAGUUGUCAGUAACAACGUUGUAUUUCGUGGCAACGUCGGGUGGCCUCACUACAGUUCCUCCUUCCAAAACAGUGACCACCUGAGGAAAAAUCAAAGUAGUGCAUGGUCUUGAGGAGCAACCACUAUGGAAGGCAGCAGGUCGAGGUCAACAGGCAUUGCUGCUGAAGGCCGAGGCAGGACAGGGCUCGAUGGGACUGCUCGAGUUGCCACGGGGCUGGAGGAUCCACACGGGGUGGUGAAGCAGGUGGCUGCUGACGACAAUGGCAGAGGUGAAGUUAGUUUCAAUGACCCUGCAGAUGUCCAUGGGCAGAGGCUACAGUGUGCAGUGUGGACCAAUCGUGAAUGGAAAUCACUCUGCAGAUCCACGUUCGGUUGUGACAGAACAGAUUGGCCCACACCGGGGAGCCCAUCUAGAAGGGAAGCGCUCUGGUGAAGAAGUGUGGCAGUGAGUCAUCAUUUAUUUGUUUCAUUAUUUUAUUACUGUUUGUUUCCCCAACUGUAGAAUGAAACGAAAAUGGAAAUGCCAUUGCAGCACAAGUAGGGAGUGAAUGUCAAUCCAACUUCAUCUUUUGGAGUCUGUGCUAAAUGCUUCAGUCUCUGUCAUUUGGUGUUUUAACAUAUCAAAAACUUUUAUCUGGUGAGAUUCCUGUGUUUCUGAUUGUAUAUAUUUGUGUUUAGUGAACUUGGCCAAAAACCAGUCAUUGUGCCAUAUUUACUCUAGUCCAUAAUAUGAAAAUGAUCUCAAAAUAGGUAUCAGCGAUGAUUGAACAAAUAUUUUGCAUCAAAUGUGCUGAGAAUGAACAUGUACUGUGUCUUGGUGUUAUAUUAGCAAUAUUUUAGUCAAAACAGAAGGGUCUACUUUGUGGUUAGAAGAAAGGAAAGGAGAUGCAGAAGUGCGGAACAUGAAAAAUCUCUCGUAGUAAUGGUCAGAGGAGAGACAUGGUGCAUGAAGGAAUUCUUACAAUAUUCUUUCUCCUCAUAAAGGAUAUUUAUUUAUUUUUUAAUUUUUAUUUUAUUUACUUCUAUUUAGUUCCCAGGGUUAGACAUUCAGCAACGGUAAAUUGUUUGUCUGUGAACUGUACUCCAGUUGUUUCUGAUUUAACAUAAGGCCUGUGAGAUACUCCUCCUCUGUCCCAAAUAUUACUGAUACUCACUAUUUACUUUUACUUUAAGAAAUGAAAUUAUGUAUGUUAGUAUGAAUUCCAUUGUUUGUUGUAUGUCUUGUAUAAAAUUAAUUUAUUGUAUGUGUUGUAAUGGCUCAUAGCUUUAAAAUGUGCAUGUUCCAGUCUCAAUGAAAAUGUCUGACUCAUUGUCAGCGAGAAACUGUAAUUCAAGUCAUACAUUUUUCUCUAAUUAUGUCUCUGUAGGAGUACCACCAUUUCAUUGCU